AUGACUCAAACAGCCCCCUUCCACCGCCGCUCCCCUUCUUCUCCUCAUGUAUCUAAGUCCAAGUCCACUCGUCCAGCUUUGCAUCGACGAGGAACAUCCGGUGUCAACGUUGCAAUCUCCAAAUUAGGCUCAGGACAAAAGGGAGCGAGCAAACCAUCUCCGUCUUCGGACGAUACCGAGUUUGACAUGGCCAGCUUCUUGAACUUUUGCGCCAUGUGUGAGAACCAGAUCACUGUCCCCAACAACAGUUUGUUAUAUUGUAGCGAAAGGUAUGUGUUGCCGCCGCAAAGACUCCUGCAAACCACUCUCAGCAUCACUACCAUCCAUGUCCUCAAUGUCUUCCACUACACCACCCACAUCCCCCCCUCUUCCCCACGCACCAUCGUGGCCCCAAUGACCCCAACCAGGGUGCCAAGCCACCCAAUCCCUGCCAUGCGGAUACCCAGCCACGUGCAUGAUGCCAAGUCAGAUCUUGACCCCACUGAAUGGAAGCCCGUAUUAGCCCGCAGCGGCUCAUCCCUGGCCUCCUCCGAAGCAUGGAACUAUCUCUCCCAGUUCCACCGCGGCAUCGAGCCCAUGCUCCCCCGACCCGUCCAACGCAGCAGCUCCAGCCUUCCAGCCCUGGCACACAGCCAAAGUCACGUGCCCAGUCUGACGAACACCCCGUCCACCGUGGCUUCGUCCUUCAGCAGCACCGCCUCCGACUACCUGGGCAUGUACGAGGCUCAGCGCCCGCUGCCACCGCGCCACAACCCGUACUUUGCCGGUACGAGCGUGCACAAGGGCGUCGAGCUGGUUGUCCCGCAUAUCGCUUCUGCGAAUGAGGAUCUUGGCCCUAUUGUCUCGGACAGUGGCUCGAUCUUCCCUGCUAGCAGUGCUGUGUGGGAAGAUAGCUCGUGUGAGAAACGCUCUGCUCCUAUCUGCAUGGCGCGGGGUAUUGGCGGCCGGCCCGCUGAGACUUGCGUGAAGAACUGA